UUUGGAGUGUCCUCUAGUAUUUUAGAUUGUCAAGGUGAAGAGGUUAAUGAAGUUUAUGUUCCUUUCAGUGUGAAAUUACAGGAUUUUCAACUUUUCAAUGACCAUAUUGUUGUUUAUGAGCGGGAAAAUGGCUUGCCUAGUAUUACUGUAUAUAAUCUCCCACCCAUUGGUGAACCAAUUGGACGACUCCAGAAUGGUAGAACAGUUGAUUUUAUUGAUCCAGUAUAUUCAGUGGAUCCUGAAGAGUCACAAUUUUCUUCCACCAUUGUUCGAUAUUCAUAUAGCUCUCUGAGAACUCCUUGUUCUGUCUAUGACUAUGACAUGAAGACAGGCAUUUCUGUUUUGAAGAAGAUUAAAACGGUAUUAGGUGGUUUCGAUCCAUCAAGUUAUGUGACUGAAAGAAAAUGGGCAGUUGCUUCUGAUGGCACCCAAGUGCCUAUAUCAAUUUUCUAUAAGAAGGACCUUGUAAAGCUUGAUGGAUCGGAUCCAAUGCUUCUUUAUGGAUAUGGUUCAUAUGAGGUCUGCAUAGAUCCUAGCUUCAAGGCAUCAAGGUUGUCUUUGGUAGACAGGGGCUUUAUAUUUGCAAUAGCUCACAUUCGCGGUGGUGGUGAAAUGGGGAGACUGUGGUAUGAAAAUGGGAAGUUACUGAAGAAGAAAAACACUUUCACUGAUUUCAUUGCUUGUGCAGAAUACUUAAUAGAAAAUAAAUAUUGUUCAAAAGAAAAACUUUGCAUUAAUGGGAGGAGUGCAGGGGGAUUGUUGAUUGGUUCUGUCCUGAACAUGCGGCCUGAUUUAUUCAAGGUAGCUGUGGCUGGAGUUCCAUUUGUUGACGUUGUGACUACUAUGCUUGAUCCAAGUAUCCCACUGACUACUUCUGAGUGGGAGGAAUGGGGUGAUCCAAGGAAGGAGGAAUUCUAUUUCUAUAUGAAAUCAUAUUCUCCAGUUGAUAAUAUAAAAGCACAGCAUUAUCCUGACAUUCUUGUUACUGCUGGUUUGAAUGAUCCACGGGUGUUGUACUCGGAACCAGCUAAGUUUGUUGCCAAGUUGAGAGAACUGAAGACUGAUGACAAUAUUCUCCUGUUUAAGUGUGAACUUGGUGCUGGCCACUUCUCAAAAUCUGGAAGAUUUGAGAAACUAGAGGAGGAUGCUUUCACCUAUGCUUUCAUCCUCAAGGCAUUGAACAUGAUUCCACUUACAACGUCUUGAUCAACCAUGAAAAUAGCUUGGUAAAUACCUAAUUAACAUACAACAUUGUUUUUUUUAUUUAUAUUACUAUUGUUUUGAUGUGUCAUUUGAGUAGCAGUUGGCUCGAUCCCAGAUUUUGGACGUGUAUUUCAGAAUUGAAAAUUUGGAAAAACUAGCAUGCAUUGAUUGAAUCAAUAAGUUGGAUCCAGAGUGCUAA